AUGUGUGCAUACUGUCACUUGGAGCACCCCAAAAUCAGCCAGCCGCGUCCUCGCAAGGUGACUCGAGAUAAGAUCAAGACACGUCAUGAAACGGCACCCGCCCAGAGCCAGCAGAUCGAAGCGACCUUCGUUCCUGUGGGCGCAGGGCGACCAUUGACUGCAGCAUUGCUGGCAGCGUUGCAGGACCAUGGGAAUGACACAUGUAACCCGUGCGUAUUCUUCAACUCUGCACAGGGCUGUCGCCACGGACGCAUGUGUGCAUACUGUCAUUUGGAGCACCCCAAAAUCAGCCAGCCGCGUCCUCGCAAGGUGACACGAGAUAAGAUCAAGACACGUCAUGAAACGGCACCGGCCCAGAGCCAGCAGAUCGAAGCGACCUUCGUUCCUGUGGGCGCAGGGCGACCAUUGACUGCAGCAUUGCUGGCAGCGUUGCAGGACCAUGGGAAUGACACAUGUAAUCCGUGCGUAUUCUUCAACUCUGCACAGGGCUGUCGCCACGAACGCAUGUGUGCAUACUGUCAUUUGGAGCACCCCAAAAUCAGCCAGCCGCGUCCUCGCAAGGUGACACGAGAUAAGAUCAAGACACGCAUCGAAGAAUGUCUUCAGGGCCCGGCCGAUCAAGUACACGUUUCCCUGCAAGAAGAGGCACUUGGACAUGCUUAUGCCAGAAGUUUGAUCCGCGGAUACCUGGACGAUAUGGCUGAACCCAAAGAAGAUCCACAACACGUUGUGCACCUGUUCCUCUGA